UCUUUUUUUCUGCAGAUUGGAGAGCUGUAUGAUGAUGAUCCAUCAGGCCUUGAACUUGCUACAGAAUUCUGGUGUCCUACAGACACAAGCUUGUCAGCUCCCUUUUCGCCUUACGGUUCCUCUAGAAUUUCACCAGCUGUAAGGCAACGUGCUUCACAGAAACAGGUAGUUAUUUACGAUGGCUGAAGGCCAGCGACAAGUUGUUGAAAAUGAAGAAAUCAUGAUUAAACUUUGCUUUAAGCUGAAUUAACCAGAUAGUCUGACAGUGGUCAGCAGUGUUAACUCAGGUGUGAAGAGGUCGUUGAAGUCAAGGGAACAUUCUGUCACUAAAUUGGAUUUGUAAGAACUCUUUGGAUCUUUAAUCCUAUACUCCCAGUGUCCUUUGCCAAGAGGUAUUAAAAAAAGUAGUUUCAUAUUUUGAGUCUGUGGAUGAAAUCCUUUGAUGUGACCAUUUAUACUGCUCUCACAUCAUAGUGAUGGUUCCAUUGUUAUACAAUCAAAUGUGGGAAAUCUUGUCUUGGACUUUCAUUUUUGCCUCUUCUAGAAGUGAAAGAUUAAAAAACCUCUCCUGAGGACAACAUUUACACAUUUUUUUUGUCUGUACUAAUUUUCCAGUUUUUCAUUGUGAUGGCUUUCACUUGCGAUUUAUUUUGAAGCAGAAAAAUUUAGUACCACUCAAAAGUAAGUUAACAUGCCAGUCGCAUCUCAGCUUCUGGUUUGAGGAUCAGUGAAGGUGCAAUGUUUGGCAUACAUUAUCUAUGACCCAUCCCAUGUUAAGCCAACUAAUUUUGCAUAGCAUUAUCUCAGAGACAGUAAAAAAUGGAUUUUGAAUAAUUUUAAGUUUCUUAAGCAAAAUUUUCCUUGAGCUUGUCAUUAACGUGGUAUUUAAAUGGAAUUUUUAAGUUUUUGGAUAAUGUUAUAGUGACAGAUAUUUGACCUUUCAUUCCCUGAAACAUGAAAACCAUUUGUAUUGUCAUUGAGUUUGUGAAUGAACAAACCACCGUGAGAAGAACCAAAAAUUCCGUAACUCGUAUGUAUGAUGUAUGUUUGCUUAGGUUAGUCUCAACAAGUUUCUUCGCUUGGCUGGAGAUCUUUUGCCGCCUUCAUUGUUUGUUCCAUAUAUGGAGAUGUUAACAGGCCUCUCAAACAGCCCUCAAGCUGCUCAUUACUGCUUUAACCUCCUCAAAUCCACAGCAAAUGGACCUGUAUCUUGGGAUCACUUCUUUGCUUCUAUAAAACAGUAUUACAUGGAUCUAAGACAGGAUGGUGCACAUGCAGGUAGAUUACUAUAAUUAUUAUACUUUCAUUAAUAUACUUCUUUUUUUUAUAAUUAUGCUUGUUGCUCUAGCCUGGCUGUUUCAUAACAUUGCCAUGAGUGCAUGCAACAGUUAUCCAGUUUUUCAGUUACCAAAAAGUUUUCUUUUUCUUGAUUGUAUAAUAUAAUAUUUACCUUGACUAAUGUAGAAUAAGGUUAGAACAUGCUAGGUGACAAGCUGCAGCAACACAUUGCAUUGACACUUCAAGGCAAAAAAUGCUUUGUGUGUACUGGAGAAUUUUUUGGUGAAAAUAUUUGUGUCUGUAAUUUCAUUUUGUGCAACUUGUGGGGGUGACAAAAUUCUGUUGCUGAGACAGAUUUUCCCCCAAAUUCUCCAGUAUACAUGAAACAAUUUGUCGCUGCUAGUGUCACACAAUUUGUCAUUCAACCCGUACACAAGAAGCUAUUUGUAGCUGUGACAUGUUGCAGUAACAUGUAACCUAGUGUGUUCCAACCUUUAGGUGGCCUGGAAAUAAGCAAAAAAACUGCCUAAUCAUUACCUGUUUCAUUUGUUUUUGUUAGGGUAUAAGGUGCUCAUGUUGGCAUUGUUAAUCCUUGAACUUGUUUCUCUUUAGUUACAAUAUAUGGAGGACUGAACAGGGAUACCAGUCACAUUCACAGGCCUGCUCACCUGUCAAAUCGCAUCAUAACACAAGAGGAGUUAGAAGGUUUAGAGUCAGUGUUGAGACUGACAGAGAGAGUGGCUGAUCAGGUGGGAUCUUACAAGACAAUUUUACUUGCCUUAGGUGAUAGUAUAGAAAUUUUCCUAGUUGUGGAAAAAAGCUCGGAAAAGGACCCUGACGAACUUACCCAUACAUGUACAUGUAAGGUAAAGACUGAAUGUUAGCUAAGUGGGCCAGAGCUUAUGCCUUUAGCAUAAAGCAACUAAGAAUAUAGGAUGCCAGUCCAUCACUGGGUUACCUUUGUCACUAGUGCCCAUUUGGGUUAAGUGAGGCACUGCUUGUGAGAGUCAAGUGUCCUGCCCAAGAACACAACACAGUAUAGUAUAGUUUGAGUCUGGUGCGCGCCCUAUUUUUAGAGAUAGUAUGUUUUUGCUUUCUAGGAUGAAAAAGCUCGUUUGGCUAUGUGUGAAAGUCAAGCUUGGCUUCCCAUUGCUUCAUUGUUUGGUCUGCUUGGUUGCCCUGUGCCUGUGAGCCUCAAGGCUCAGAUUCUCUCCACACUUGCAGCAUUUGCAAAGUCUCCUGAAGUUGCUUCAUCAAUGUGGCAUACCUUAGAACUUUCGCAGGUGUGUUAAGACUGUCAACAUUAAAUAUCCACGUCACUCAGUAAAAAAGAUCACUGAUUGGCCCUUUUUUUAUUUUAUAUUAUGUGUAUAACAGCACUGCAUUAUGCACCUAUCAAUGUAAAUCCCGUGGGGGGGGAGUGCGGGCAAGGGGAGGGGAUUUGCCUGGGACUAUCCCCGCUGUCGGGCUUUUGAUCGUGUGAAGCGACCCCGAGGUCGGGACAUUUGACUUUGACCGACAGAAGCCUGGUAUCAAUUCAUAAGCAGUUACCAAGUCCGUCCCUCGAGGCUUCCUGAAAGUCACGUUGUUGGAGAAAAGUAUGAAGUUUAUAUUUGUUUUAAUCGCCAUAAUCCAAUACUUUAAACUGUCAUCUAAACAGAUAAUGUCUAUUUUGAGGAAGUUUUUAUCUUCAAGUUCCCAUCUGAUUGUAAAACUCGAUUGAAAUCGAAUUCCACCAUGAAAGUCAGAGGAUUUUUUAUGGGUCACCGAUCCGACCUGUUCCGACAUGUUGAGCAGAUGUUAUAAAGCAUUUUACGUUUUAUUAAUAUUAUAUAGCACGGUCAAUCUUCCUGGAGUGAUUUUGUUGUUCAAGAUAAGAGAUGCUAGUGGAGAGAGAAAAUACUUAAUUACAGCGAGUAAUUUAAUGGAGCUUCCGUUAACCGUAAAUAAAAGUAGUAACAACGUGUUUGAAAUGUUCUUAUAUUCGUUUUAUAUAGUAUUAUAGCAUUGUCUGUUUAGAUUUUUUCCCCUGGGGUGGGGGCUUUUUUGACACUUUUGAUUGACCUUUUGUUUCCCACCCUGGGCAAUUUGAUCGAAAAAUUUUAAAAUUUGUCAAAUCCCCACCCCUUGCCCGCACUCCCCCCCACGGGGUUUACAUUGAUAGGUGCAAUAUAAAAACGUAAAGUGCUCAUUAAUAUGUAUAUGUGCAUUAAUUACAUAUAUUUAAUUGUGUUUAUUGAAGAUAUUCACACUGGGAGAUGUAAGAGGGAGUUUUAAGCAAACAUGAGUUUCAGCAAUGGCAAUGGGAGCAUUAAACAAGCAAUAGGUUUAGAAAGCAAAAUUUUGAACAAUAACUUCUGCAAGUACAUCACAUGUUUUUCUACAUCUUUGCUGUGACUGUGAACUUCACAACAUGACAUUUUACAGACAACGGAAACAAUCAACCACAAAUUUCUCUCUCUGUUGAAAUCAUGGCUCCCUAAAAAUUCAUCUCAAGGAAAUUUUGCCAACAUUUGACCAAUUGAAUCAGUUUAAGUAAUUGCAAUGAAAUUUAAGGGAAUGCAAAAUUAAUUCAUUUCAUAAUGACUUUUUUACUGCCAUCCUAUUAUAGUUUUUUAAACUGGUCGUAUUAUGUCUGACAGUUCACUUGUUCUUUGUUUUAUUCAACCCUAACUCUCUCAGUUCCAAAGGCACAUAUUAGUGGUUGAGGGUCUGGUUCCUGAAAGACCGAUUAGUGCUAAUCCAGGAUUAAAAUUUUGUUCCACUUUUUGUAUUUACCUUCCUAUGAAUUGCGUAGAGUAACUUUUUGUGUUAUCAAUAAUGUAUCUCAGACUAAAGGCUCAACACUAUUUUGCAAGUUUGAGUUUCAUGUUCUAAGACAGGAAAACCCUGCUUAAAAUUUGGCUUAAUCUUGGGUUAAACUUAACUAUCUUUCAAGGAGCCAGGCCCUGCAGUUGUUAAACUUUUAUACCUUCAGCCACAUGGCCUUUUGUUUUACAUCUCUUGUCCUUUAUCUAAUAAACAGUUGUGACUCAAAUAUAAACUUCAUUAAGAUAAUUCUUUUCUUAAAAGCUUUGCAUAUUACAUGACUGCUUUUUUUAAAUCUGGAAUUUGUGGUCAGAUCUUGCAGACUGUUACACCAACUGGUCAAGCUGUCCAACAAGGUGGAAUACAGGUGAUAAAGUGUUAAAUUUUAGUAUCAUAUAGAGAGAGCUUUCAAUAAUUUAUUUGACAUUGCAGAUCCUACCAGUCUAUGGGAUGCCUGAUCUAAUCUUACUUAUUAAUUUUUUAAACAGUUUCGGUAGGUUACUUAAAUGAAGUCUAGCUUAGACCUCGUUAAUAGGAAAUCUUUGGACCUCCAGAUCUCUUCUGUAGUGGGUUAUUUUAAGAACAUAAGUGCUUUUCCAGUCAACGCUAUAUACUUUCAUUAAAUUGUUCUCUAUAAAUGGUGUUUAUAUGAAAGUGUUUGGCGACUGGAAAAUGACUUAGAACUUGGUUUUGUUAAACACUGGCUAAACUUGAUUUAAACAACUGAUCCUUUGCCUUUCAUUGUCAGAGUACCCUUUCAAAAUCAUCAUGCAGAUUUUAAAAACAGUAAUCAAUACUUGUAUUGGGAAAAAUAAUUGUUUUCAAAUGUCCUAAAUAAAUAACAACUGUUAUGUGAUGAUUUUUUUAGGUUGAACUGAACGAGCUUGAAGCCCGCAGUGAAACAUACCCAGAGACAAGAGCAUUCCUUAAGCUGCUUAAUAACCUGACAGAGAUUCCCCUCCCCACCACCCUGGGAUCAGGUUAUCGAGUGCCAGGCUUUGAGCCAUAUUUGGCCUUCCUAAGAGAUGAUGUGUUCCUUAAGUUUAAUUCAAGAGGAUACCAAGAUCCCAAUGAGAAGGUAGAUUUAUUUUUACUUACUUUAAAAGACUUGAAAUGACAAGGAAUGUCACAACCAACCAUUAUUACUGUUGAACCUCCCAUAAGUAACAACCCAAAAUGCAAAGAUUUAGUGGGUGCUUACAGGAGGUGUACGUGAAUCAAACCACCUGGGGCCUCUUCCAAGAAGAGGUCUUGACACAUCUUCUUCCUGUGUUUCAUGGAGAAAUGAUACUUUCCUCAUACACUCACAGAGUAACUGGUACCAAUUUAAAUAACUGCUUUGGUGACACUUGAUAUGUUUUCAAGAGGCUAACUCACAAUUAAAGCAUUGAACCCUUAAAUUUCCAAGAAUGAGGGACACUACUAUGAACUUAUGUAAGUCUCAGAAAGUUUUAACAUUCAUUGUUUUAAAAUCAUGAGUUUUUUUUAGCAGAUUUCAUUGUCAAAGUUUUCAAGAGGUCUUGUUUAAUUAGAGCUUCAGGCUCACCAAAAGACCUUGCCGAAAUAGCCUGAUUUCUGCAUUAUUCUUUGGUAACAAACUUCAAGAUGGCUUUUCAACAAAAUACAGAUCCAUAGUCACCAGCAAUGUGCAAAACUCAAGUUUUAGCAUAAGUGAGUGGCCAUGGAAAGUGAUAUUGCUGACUAAAAUAUUUGAUGAAAUAUGUUUGCUAUUUAUAACAGUGGAAGGUUGCCAGUGAUGUUCUGCAGAUUCUUUUCAAGUUAAUAGAAGGUUAUGUUCCAAGGCCAGAAGAUUUUGUCAACCAAGUUGCUGAGAUGCAAGGCGGAGAAAGAAUUCUUGUUCCAAAGCCACCAGGGUUUAGUCUCAUGACUUACAUGCUGAAUGACACACCUAUGCUAAGAAUGGUUAGGGAAUGUUACUCAUUUAGCUACAGUUACCAAAGAGGGGAGAAAAAAAAUACACGUUUUCUCUUCUCACUCCCCGCCCUCUACCCCGCGCCUUUUGACUCACCCCAUUUUCUCCUCUCUUUGGCGCUUUUGCAAGCAAAACAUUUGCGCGCCCGAAGAAAACGCCUGCACUGCAGGCUACCUUACCUUGAGCUUUUAUGGCUAUUAAAUUGUAAUUCAAAAUGAGUUCAGUAAUCCCCAUUUUUAUUAUCCAAUAAAAGUAAGCAUGUAGAAAUACAACUUUUUGCCAACUAUAAAAACAUUGUUAGGUGAGGUUCAGAGCCACUUUAAUUUUUGAAAAAAUAUGAAGGCCCAUUUUCCCAGUUUACAUAUAUGAAAACCCUACCAUGUCAUAACACCAGUAAAACAAAUAUUGUGACUUUGAUCAAUGCAAGCUUUUCCAAACAAAAAUUUGCAGCAGCAAAGCUUAUCAUGUGAAGGUACAUGUAAGCCUUUAAGGUGGCUCUGAAUCCUCUCCCUCAAUAGCUUUACUUAUCAUGUCUCUCCUCUUUCAGUUGCUGAAUGUCAUCGAUGGUGCAUCAUCUUCACUUGAACACCUCUCUGUUACCUCUGGUAAAGUUUUGUUUUUUUAAUUUUAAGGGCAUUGUUUCUGAAUUAAAGCAGCCAUAUUGUCACUAGAUUAUCAGUGAAAAACCAACUCAUCUGAUAAUGUGGUUCCUGUGAGAGGAGUUUGCGAAUGUAUUGUAAUUACUUAGCUGUUCCAAUUAACAUGGAACUCAGGCACCUUCUCAAAAAGUCACAAAAAUAAUAGCCAAACCCGUUGUAACAUAGUCAAAACUCCGAACUAUAAGGAGGCAAACCAUCUAGUUUUUCACAAGUACAAGGCUGAGAAGCUGAACCAAGGCUGUUAGUAAGAUUUCAAGUUGCUAAGGAUAAGCAAUUAGUAGGUGGGGGGGAAUUGAACAGUUUUUCUAUUUUCCUUUUGUUUCUUAUGAUAGUAGCAAGGAAAAAUCCACAGUCCUCAGCCCUGCUGAAGUCAGGACAAGUGAGAAGAAGUAAACCAUCUAAUGUUCAGAACAGGAAUCACAUUGACCACUUGGCCACAUUUUCUCCUUAAUAGUCCUGACCUUGAACUUGAUGCUCAUCUACUGCACUCACUUAUGGGAUAAUGUAUUGUAAACCCAAAGAGGAUUGUUACAUCUCCAUUUGCUUGUGUACCAACUUCUAGAUAAACGUAAUGGUUGCAGAGCAUUUAUUAUAACUGAUUAAGCACUUGCUGUGCUCUCCACUUACUGGUGAUUUUGAAGGUUGUGAUUAAUUUCUGCAGAUGUAAGGGAGGAGCUGGAGAAAGCAACAUUGCUGUGUCUCAGAAUGGUUGAAGUUGCACUGGAAAAGCAAGGGCAGUUCAUGGAAAUCUUCCGCAGUGUUCCACAGCAGUCAGCAGUAAUGGUAUCACCUUUAGAGGAACUCCUUCUUAGUAUUAACCCACAGUCUAAUACUGCAGACUAUCUUCUUAAAAUAAUGAAGUAAGUAAAUAAGCAGGUGGAUUGAUCUGGGGUUUAUAGUUUCGUUUUAAGACGGAAUCCAUCAGGAAAUUGAGUAAUUUUAAUUUUCAGUGGACAAAACUUGUACCAGAACUGACAAUAUUAAUUUUAAAUCAUAUCACAUUCUUUUUCACAUCUUUCAAUGGCUAUAGAUAUAAUUAUUAGUUAUCUGUAAUAGCACUUAAGACAAUUUCUUAUGUGAGCCCGAGAAAUGGAAUUUCAAAUUUCACAGGAAUUGUGAAAACGCAGGUAAAAAUUUUAUGCGUAAGAUUUCAUUUUGGUCCAUUUUGUGAAAUUUGAAAUUUUUUUGGUGGGUUCCCAUAAGAAAUCCUCUUUGGUGUUAUUACAGAUAACUAAUUACAUCUGUAGCUCUUGAAAAAAAGUAAAAAUGAAUGUAGUAUGCCUUAACUUAUUCUGGUACAAGGUUUUUGUCCACUGAAAAUAAAAAUUUCUCGAUUCCCUGAUGUAUUCUGUCUUGCAAUAUUACUCACCAUGUUUGGUCAGGUAUGACCAUAAGCAGUACAACCUGUACUGAUCAAAUACAUGCACCUAGUGCUUGGGCAAAUAUUGAUUGAUUGAUUGGCCAAUGUACACAACACUUGAUCGGUAAAAAUAGUGCUGCAUCACAAAACAAGGUAGUUGAAAGGAGGAAAAUGCAGGAUACUAACUUGUCUUGUAACUAGAGUCAAGCAACUGAGAAUUCAUUUUUGCAAGUCGCAAGAAAGCUGGUCUUGAUUUAAAUCUGGAUAAGUUUGGCAGCUGGAUUAACAGUUAAGCCAAUCAAAACAUAGUAAUAGUAAUACACUCAAUUGUUCUCUGUAAACCGCAGUGGUAGCUUAAAACGCUUAUUUCUGUGUGGUUGAGAAUUUUUUCUCUUUUACUGCAGAUUUGUUUCUCACCUUCACACUGGAGCUGAACUCAUUCUUUCUGUUGUCAAAAUUUUGUGUGUGGUCUGUCAGUCAACAACAGUUCAGAGACAUCUUGUGAGUUUGUUGACUGCAAAUCAGGUGAGUUCAAGAGAUACCGUGUAGUGACCAACAUCCAUUUUCUCCAAACAAUGUCAGUCAAUAAUCAUGAGAAGAAGUCUUGAGAAUUAAUGAAAUAGUCACUAAGGGGAAAUGCUUUGAUCUUUUAACAAAUUCUCUCAACUAAGAUUAGACUGGAGAAUUUGUGUGGAUAUUGAGGCCGUAAGAAAGGGUUACAUACAUUGAUGGCUUAGUUGACUGAAAAAAUAAAGCUAAGUCACCGUCCCAUUAAAAAUCAAAGUUGGGGUGAAAAAUCUUCUCUAUGCCUUAUUUUGCCAAUUAUUGCGUUCGUCAGAACGUAUCUCAAUCUUGGUGUUCCUGUGGUACAAAGCCACAAAUUUUCGAAGCAUCGGGGGCGACUGCCGAUUAGCCGCCGCUACUGAUUUAAUCAGGGGCAUCUCGGCCGGGAAACUGGACUCCUUUCCACUCGAUUUCGUUUUCGUGAGUGACGAAAGCGGAUCCGCAAUCAAUUACCUCCAGUAUCAACAAUUUAUAGUGCAGUGAAAAAAUACUGGUAAAUUGCUCAUACAACAGAAGGCUUUGUCUUAUUUGCGCUUUUUUAUUUUAAUCCCAAGUCUGUAUCACAGCAAAUCCUGAUUGGAUUUGUUGACCAGCUGGAAAUAAAUGAACCGGAGGACCCUCAAGCAAAAGAUGAAGAAGAACUUGGAAAGGGUAGGUCUUUGUUUGUUAUUGCUAGUAUUACCCUUUAAUAAGGAAUGUUUUGUUUAAAACUCAAUCUUGAAGCUUUUGUCCACUUUUGUCCACUUUAAAUUAGCCCGUUCCAGGCCUUCAGAUUGUGGAGACGGCGCAAAGAGAUGCGAACAGGAAAAGCAGCGAAAGGGGGUGGGGUAGGGGGUUUCCGGUCGUUUCUAUACAAGUUUACUCAGUCGAGUUGUAAAUAGUUCCACGUACUUGACCUAAAGAACGAAGAAUAUUCACCCAAAAUGUUUUUCUUGUUCACGCGCAAACUAUAUUGGAAGUGAAAGAAACUUUGAUGCAAUUUCACUGCUUGAGUUCGUCUCGAAACGACUUGUAUCGAAACCGAACCGAUUUCCUCAGGGGGUGAGAGCGAGUUCCCUCCUCUCUCCGGCCCUCGCUUCCUCCUUACUUUUUUCCCGUUCUCUGACUUCGCCAAGCACUCCACUAUCUAUUUCUUUGUGAUUUCCUUGUCUCAGAAUUUAUUAUUGCACAAUUUUUAUCUCACAAUUUUAUUUAUAAUUUCCUUGUCACAGAAUUUCUUGAUGAGAGGUCUUAUGGUGCGGCACAGAUACGAAAUGCAGUAAGACAAAAUAUUUUGAGAUUGAUCCUUCAUUCACUGCAGCACCCAUCGCCGAAUCUUGCUCAUUUUCUAAUGGGUUUUCAGCUGACAAAGCCGGCAUCAAAGACCAAUCUCCAGGACCCAGGUAAGUAGCCGGGGUGUUUGUUAUUCUAUAAGCUGUUGAGGACCUAACGUCUAUCAAAGGCCCGAAUGCUAAUUAAAAGACUCAGAAGUCCUGUCUCCUUUACCUUCUUUGAAUUCGUACAUUCUCCUACGCAAUGAAUAUAACAUUCCUAUGUUUCACUGUCACUUUCGAACUACGGUACUUAGUUUAAUUCACUAUUUACAAAAAUCAAGAGCCGAGUUAUUGGCACACUAAUGGCUUAUAACAGAGUGAUGGCCGAAUUCAAAGAGGGUAAUCAAUUCAAGGGAUAUACCGCCUAGUUUGCGACAAACUCAAACUCGGCAGGUAAAGCAAGCACAUUUUUACAGGAGAAGAAAAUCAAAAGCAAUUCUGCAGCAAUUAUCCUUGUCUUCAGAGACUUGAAGGGAGCACAAAACAAUUUGGGUAUUAGUUCUCGAAUUUUUUUGCCGGUCUCACUCUAACGUACUGGCUGUUUUGCGUUUCAAUUAGAGGUGCAUAUAUGGGCGCGUGGACCUUUUUUCAGUGAAUUUUUUUAUAUUUAAUAGGUGUCCUUGGAGCAUCUAAGACAUGUCUUCACGCAGUCCUAGACAUGCUGAAUAGAGGUGUAGAUACACACCACGGGCCUUUUUGUCUGACAGAAACUCCAAAAUUUGCUGAGCUUGCAUAUCAGCUAAUCUACAGUCUAUGCGCCAAUAAAGACACUGCUACACCAACACUGCGCUAUCUCAGAACUAGCCAUGACUUCUUGUACCGUCAUCUCCAACAUUUACCUUUUAAGAAUCUUUCCAGCAUGGUUGGUGAUGAUGGUCAACCAUCACUGCCGACGCAGACAAUUGUUAGUCAACAGUCGUGGCUUCUGAAGACUGCAGCUAUUGAACUGAGAAUGACUGCUCAAGGGCGUCAAAGGUCACACGCGCAGAGGCUUUUAGUGUUGUUAAUGGGCGAGCCCUCAGCACAGGCAGUAUUGGGCAUGUCACAGGUUGUACCAGAGCUUGUUGCAAGACGACUAGAAGAUGAUUUCUCCUCAGCUGACACUAGCCAUGUUGUGUAUGCUGAUAUGGGAAAGGCACAGACUCGGCGCAAGCUUUUAGCCAUUCUGGAGUCAGUUGAGUUCAGUCAAGAGCUACCCCCGCCUUUGCAUUUGAAUUAUUUCGAUGUGUCCGUCACUGAGAAAGCCAUAAGUUCAUGUGAGCAGAAGGACGAGGACAGUGGUGUAAUGUUCUGUAAUGUGCCUGCUCUCCAUAAGUUACUGAUGGGUGAAAUUUCAGGGGUGCAAGGAACGGCAACAGCUGGACAAAGGAACUUCUUGAUUCAGGUAAAACUUGUGUCUUGCCGUAUUGUGAAAUGUGGUCUAGUUUGGGGCCAAAGAUAACGAACUCACCUGAACAUCAACCUAGUUUCUGCAGAGUUACCACAGGGGAUAAAGUCCGGGGAAGCAAGAAUNCGAAGAAUAUUCACCCAAAAUGUUUUUCUUGUUCACGCGCAAACUAUAUUGGAAGUGAAAGAAACUUUGAUGCAAUUUCACUGCUUGAGUUCGUCUCGAAACGACUUGUAUCGAAACCGAACCGAUUUCCUCAGGGGGUGAGAGCGAGUUCCCUCCUCUCUCCGGCCCUCGCUUCCUCCUUACUUUUUUCCCGUUCUCUGACUUCGCCAAGCACUCCACUAUCUAUUUCUUUGUGAUUUCCUUGUCUCAGAAUUUAUUAUUGCACAAUUUUUAUCUCACAAUUUUAUUUAUAAUUUCCUUGUCACAGAAUUUCUUGAUGAGAGGUCUUAUGGUGCGGCACAGAUACGAAAUGCAGUAAGACAAAAUAUUUUGAGAUUGAUCCUUCAUUCACUGCAGCACCCAUCGCCGAAUCUUGCUCAUUUUCUAAUGGGUUUUCAGCUGACAAAGCCGGCAUCAAAGACCAAUCUCCAGGACCCAGGUAAGUAGCCGGGGUGUUUGUUAUUCUAUAAGCUGUUGAGGACCUAACGUCUAUCAAAGGCCCGAAUGCUAAUUAAAAGACUCAGAAGUCCUGUCUCCUUUACCUUCUUUGAAUUCGUACAUUCUCCUACGCAAUGAAUAUAACAUUCCUAUGUUUCACUGUCACUUUCGAACUACGGUACUUAGUUUAAUUCACUAUUUACAAAAAUCAAGAGCCGAGUUAUUGGCACACUAAUGGCUUAUAACAGAGUGAUGGCCGAAUUCAAAGAGGGUAAUCAAUUCAAGGGAUAUACCGCCUAGUUUGCGACAAACUCAAACUCGGCAGGUAAAGCAAGCACAUUUUUACAGGAGAAGAAAAUCAAAAGCAAUUCUGCAGCAAUUAUCCUUGUCUUCAGAGACUUGAAGGGAGCACAAAACAAUUUGGGUAUUAGUUCUCGAAUUUUUUUGCCGGUCUCACUCUAACGUACUGGCUGUUUUGCGUUUCAAUUAGAGGUGCAUAUAUGGGCGCGUGGACCUUUUUUCAGUGAAUUUUUUUAUAUUUAAUAGGUGUCCUUGGAGCAUCUAAGACAUGUCUUCACGCAGUCCUAGACAUGCUGAAUAGAGGUGUAGAUACACACCACGGGCCUUUUUGUCUGACAGAAACUCCAAAAUUUGCUGAGCUUGCAUAUCAGCUAAUCUACAGUCUAUGCGCCAAUAAAGACACUGCUACACCAACACUGCGCUAUCUCAGAACUAGCCAUGACUUCUUGUACCGUCAUCUCCAACAUUUACCUUUUAAGAAUCUUUCCAGCAUGGUUGGUGAUGAUGGUCAACCAUCACUGCCGACGCAGACAAUUGUUAGUCAACAGUCGUGGCUUCUGAAGACUGCAGCUAUUGAACUGAGAAUGACUGCUCAAGGGCGUCAAAGGUCACACGCGCAGAGGCUUUUAGUGUUGUUAAUGGGCGAGCCCUCAGCACAGGCAGUAUUGGGCAUGUCACAGGUUGUACCAGAGCUUGUUGCAAGACGACUAGAAGAUGAUUUCUCCUCAGCUGACACUAGCCAUGUUGUGUAUGCUGAUAUGGGAAAGGCACAGACUCGGCGCAAGCUUUUAGCCAUUCUGGAGUCAGUUGAGUUCAGUCAAGAGCUACCCCCGCCUUUGCAUUUGAAUUAUUUCGAUGUGUCCGUCACUGAGAAAGCCAUAAGUUCAUGUGAGCAGAAGGACGAGGACAGUGGUGUAAUGUUCUGUAAUGUGCCUGCUCUCCAUAAGUUACUGAUGGGUGAAAUUUCAGGGGUGCAAGGAACGGCAACAGCUGGACAAAGGAACUUCUUGAUUCAGGUAAAACUUGUGUCUUGCCGUAUUGUGAAAUGUGGUCUAGUUUGGGGCCAAAGAUAACGAACUCACCUGAACAUCAACCUAGUUUCUGCAGAGUUACCACAGGGGAUAAAGUCCGGGGAAGCAAGAAUUUUUUAUUCUGAAAGUUAGGGAAAUUUUGCAAACGAAGGGAAAAUCUUGGUUCUUGGUUUAACAGUCGAUACCUUUUAAAUAACUUUGGCGGUCAUGUUCUAUGUGCCCUUAACAUGAAUAAAUGGUGAACUUUUGAUACAAAAAAAAUAGAUUUUGGUCAAUGUGUGGGUAUAAACAGUUGUCACUUCCUUGCAGUGUCCUAAAAUAAUCUGUGCAUUCACAAAUGCGUUUGUGUUGGUCGCAGUGUCGAGUCCUGUAUGUUUCUUGAAAGUAUUUAAAGGGACAGAGGUCCAAGUGUCCUUAAAUAAACUCACAGUGUCCGUAUCUUAGACAUAGGAAGGAAGGGAGGGAGGGGUCCCUCAGGAGAAUGUUGACAGUAUGUAUUUAAUUUUGGUACAGGAAGUCAAAGACAUUCUUCAUAGCGUUGUGCUUCGUAACAUGAUGCGAGAGAGCUUGCACAUCAAGAAAGAAUCCUUUGAAGCGUGGAGGAGGGUUGUAGAGGUGACCCUUGCUUCCUGUCCAGCUGAUAUUUUGCCGAAAGACACCAGACAGACUGUUAUAGCAGAUAUACUGCAGGAUUUACUGUCCAAGGUACAUGUAUGACCUUCACAGUUAAUGAAUUUUAACUCUCCAGUUGGUUCCUUUUCUUUGUCAUUUUCCUUCUCUUUUUCUUGCUCCUCUUUUUCUUUAUUUACUUGCUGUAAUAAAAAGGUGUCUAUUGAUCUUCACAUACUUCAGAGAAAGUACUCGCAGUUAACCGCCGUAUCACUACUCAUCUAUGAUGUACUUUGGUAAGCGCUGGUCUGUCGAGCGGGAGGCCGCGAAUUCAGAGCCUGACGGGACCAACACAGUCUUUAAAUUACUGAAUAGAAACUGCUGCCUUGGUGCUGACAUCUGCGAACGGUUAAAACUUUCAAGCCUUCUCGGAUAAGGUUGAUAAACCGGAGGCUUUGCUCAAAUAAAAAUUCCACUCUUUGUUCGUAAAGAGUAGCGGAUGUUGUCCUCGAUGCAGUAGUGGUUUAUCUCAAAUUCUCAUUCACUUUAAGGGGUAUUCAUAACUCAGUAACUAUUGUAAACCGCUCCGUAAGCAGUGUGGCAAAUGUCCAGGCCAGUGUUGAAGAUUUUCCCUGAAAUACUGGCCUGCGAGCAGGCUCACUUGAGCGAAUUCGGGGAAAAUUUUGGCGGUGCAUGGAGCCGGCAUCCAGUAAGUGCUCGCAGGCUAUCCCUGAAAAGCCCUGAAGGAGUGGAUAAUAGGAUGCUUAAUGAAUCAGUAUACAAUGAAUUUUAGAUCGCAGAUGAAGAUGCGUUACCAGAGCUUACAUCACCAGUAUCAGGAGUCCUUCUCUCCCUCCUAGCCCAUCUGCGUCAGUGUGCAAUAUCCCUGGACUCCUCCUUAGCUACAUCCUUACCAGUCCUAGAUGGUACAGGAGGAGGGAGACCCCUGCAUCAAGCGGCUAGCGGUAGCUCUCUUCCUGUUGGACCAUCUGUGGCUAUUUUAAAGGGGCUUAUUGAGACAGUGCUUCGAUCUGGAGGCGGGCUGCAACGGGUCAGAGCUAAUUUGUACGCCGCCCUGUUGUAUUUCAUGCAGACCGCACCAGAGUCUCAGCAAACAAAGGAAAGAGGUAACAUGCUUAAAAUGUAAAAAACAUGUCCUGUCCUUGUUCAUCGUGGAUGAUGUGUAUAAAGAGUAAAAUGUCGCCUGAUGAAGACCUGCAGUUAGCGGUCGAAACGUCGCGAUCAAUUCAGAGAUUAAGAAUCACGUUUACUGCAAUCGGCAUUUUCAAAUUUCUUAAAAUAGGAAAUAAGCAGAUAGAAACUGUCCAAAACAGUUCUUAUGGAAAAAAAAAAUGGCGUAAAACUACCUAUUUACAGGUAGAAGUCAUGAACAGUAAACCACAAGUUAUGGGAAAACUUGGUGACGUGGUUCAAAUUGCCGUAAACGUGGCUCUAAACACAGGAAAAAAUAACGGAUUCCCAUUUUUGGAUAUUUUUGGGUAUUUAAAGAAUACCCAUAAAAAUCCCAAAUUUGGCAAAGUGAGACAAGUCCCAACCAGGGAAUUCCCAACCAAGUUCCCAGAUUGGGACUUGUCUCACUCUUCCAAAUUUGGGAUUUUUGUGGGUAUUCUUUAAAUACCCAAAAAUAUCCAAAAAUGGGAAUCGGUUAUUUUUCCCUGUGAAAGUGACAAUCGUGAGACAAACGAUCAAACGAAACCCUUUAUAUGCCCUGUACUUUUCACCGCUCGUUUUUGGCCAAAGAAUAACUGUUACUAGUGGUAUAAUUCAUACCUUCUCGGUCUGUUUAUUUUGGGUAGAAUUUUAUUCACUCUUUUAUUACCUCAAUAGAACUCGUUAGCUUUUUUGUUUUAAAACUGUGAAAGGUUUUAACCCAGGAGUCAUUUCAAAAGUAGAUUGAGUUUUGUUUUCCCAAUGUAGGUCAUGUGAUAAUACUUUUGAGAACUGUUUCUUACACAUUUCGGAUAAUUCUUGUGCAUAUAUAAGCAUAAUUAUUUAUGAAGAGACAGAUGGUCAAAUUCCCCUGAGAUCGUGACUGGGAAAACAAAGGAUACAAGCUAAAGAGGUCUAUUUGUAGAGCAGUAGUUUCUAGGAGGUCCUCUAUCGGACGAAUACUAAGAAACUAGACCUUCGCCCAGACUGAAUUAUGAAGCAGAAGUUGUGAGGCCAGGGACGCAAAACAUUUGCCUUGAGUAGAACCUUGUGCUUAUCGCGUUGAUGCUUAAUUUUGUUAACAGGUGUAAUGGAAAAUGUGUUAUCACUUUACCCUGGUCAGUCAUGGGACACCAGUAUUUUACCUGUACUAUCCAGCUAUGGUGAACCAUUCAUGGACACUGUCUGUAGAGACUCCUGUGAUGGGCACGAUGUGGGAAGGGUAAGACAAGAGAAACCUUGUUAAAUGGGGCGUGCCUGUGACCCUGGGCUGCCUACAGAUUAUAGCUAUAGUACUCGCCUCUUGCAAACUGUCUCUUUUGCCCAAGUUCGUGAUUUAGCGUUGCUUUUUCGGAGCCUGUUCAAAAACGUGCAACGCAAAAAUUGUGCAGAGAAACGUCCGCCUACCCGUGUUACACGGCGUCAACGUUGAACGCAACAUUGUUGCGCUAAAAAUCGUUGCGAAUCGUCCUGUGUAACAUAACCUUAAGCUGUACGUGCAGUAAAGGGAACUAAAUUUUUUGUUUUUGUUUUUGAUGCAGAUGCUGGCAUUUUCUCUUUUGGAUGCAAUAGUUGCAGUUGACUGGCAACAGCGUUGGUUGAACUAUCUCAGCCUUAAGGGAUACCUCAGGCACAUGGUGGAGGGACUAGCUCAUGAGGACCACAUACUGCAGUCAAUGUUGAACCCUUCACCUGAGCCCCUCAAGGUAACGGCCCUAGGGGCUUUGACUUUUAGGUGUUAAGAAAGGUGUCUAAAGGACUAAAAAUAUCGUAUUGCAAGGGGUAUGCACGGCCAUAGAUAGGAUUUGUAGCGUUUGUUUAUAACCAGGCAGUUAUUGCUGUUGUCUUUUCAAAGAAACAGAGAAAUUUGUAACAAUAGAGUUUAAGCGUCACGUAUACGGCUAGCGGCAAACGUCAGAUUCAAGUUGAGAAUUUCUGGAAAUAGAAAAUGAGAAGAUAAAAACAGCUCAGAACAAUUCUUAUGGAUAAAAAAUUGCGUGAAACUACUAAUUUAUGUGUAGAAAUAGUGAACCGCAAACGACAAGGUAAAGGGGAAGCUUGGUCACGUGGUACAAAUUGGCGUUGCCGUUUGACGUAAACAUGAUACAUGCAUGAGAAUGGCCAUGUUGAGGCAGUUCUUGCCACCUUCCAAGAAAACUUAGAAUUCUUUUAAACACAAAAGCCUAAUGAUUUUCUUGAGUGGAUAGCUGCGACGCCACCACUGGUUUCCCCGCCAAAUGACGUCUAAGAAACGAGCGCGGAAAUUACAUACUGAUGAUGGUGUCUCUGCCCAGAUCUGGAUAGUGCUUCUCAUGGGUUCUAGAGGCUUCUCUAGCGUUCUAGACUAAAUGCUAGGACAGAAAAAGCUACGGAUAAAAAUUGUAGAUAGAUAGGUGCUCUAGAAACGUGCUAACAAAGAACUUGGAGCCUUGUUAUGUUGCUACGCAAAUUCGUACUCUAGAUUAACUACAAACGAUUAGCAUUGUCAUAAAGGGUGUGUUCAUUGACGGCGUAACUCUCUUUUGCAACAGGCAUUGUACAUUUACGAGUCCAAAAUGGCCCUUUUAACCCGCAUUGCACAGUCUGCAGAAGGUGCUAAGGUGCUUCUUCAAGCGGGGCUAUUAUCACGUUUGGCAGAAUGUACCUUCCUCGAUCAGAGGCCUGAGCGUGACAGGACAAUAGGUUUGAUGUCCAGGAGCCUUCAUGGUCCCGAUCAAGACAUGACCUCUGCUGUGCCUGACUCAUUUGUCCCCUCAGUUAUUGACAGAUAUAGACAGCUACUUAUGCCCGCUCUCAAGGUAACACUGGCCAUCUUGACGUCACUUGGAUCACAGCACAGGGAGGCUGCUACGAAGGUGCGUAAAUCCCAACUCCAGAAACUAUGAAAGGAAUGGGUACAAGCUUUCGGCGCAACGACUUUUGAGAUUGUUUAGCUGGACAAGCGCAAGCGUUAUGUACUUAUGAUUGGUUGCCUUGAAUGCCAUCGACCAACCAUAUUACUAACGCUUGUCCACCCAAACGGUUCCAAAGCUUGUACUCAUUCUUACUUGAGUUUCUGACGUGGGAAAUAGUACGAAGAGAAAAGCAACUGAGAGAUUUAUCCUUGUGUUCACUGUCCUAACAUCAACACGCAUAUCCUUUACAGUUGUCUCGAUAUGUCGGUAAUACUAAUUGGGAUAAUUUGUUUUAUUACCAGCUGUUGUAUGAGCUUGUCAGAGACGGGCUAAAAAAAAUAAAAAUGACUAAUAAAAUCACUUAAAAUGACUAUCCAAGUAGUUUGUAAGAAAGUAGACCCAAUCGUGGGUUGCCAUUUUAUGCUUGGUGAUUGCUUAUCGGCCUUUGAGCCAACUGUGUUGUUGCUAGUGGUUUUUGCAAAGUUGUCUUGUCCGUUGAUAUGAUGUCCAACGUUUCCGGCCUCACACGGCAGGCAAAUUGAGAGAAGACUAAUAAGAACAUCUUGUAACGAAAGUGUCUUGAUUUAGAUUGUGCUUUUUCCUCCACUCCUUCCCCCUUUUAUUUUCCACUGAUAUAUAUCCGUGUCACAGGCGCCUGGCUCCCUUGGCGUGGGGGCUCAUGGCUGGGGGGCGCGGGUUUGCCAGCUGUGGGGGCGUAACUUUGUCUAGGGGAGGGCUUUGCCAAAAGUGGAAGCCCCCGGACAUCCUUAGCACCAACCUCCACUUAGCGACGCAGUUGUUAAUUGCAGGUUUUGCACUUUGUGGUUGCCCAUGUGGACGUUUUUAUCAGCAUUCUUCAAGACCGACACACCGUACAUACAUCAGGCUCAUUACGUGAAGUAGGGCUUGUUACAGGCAUCAUGUGCAACAUGGGGCUGACCGAGGCGAGUUUAACAGCUGACGAAGAACUGGGGCAAGAACAAAUCCAACUCAGGGGACCCCUGGCAAGAAUCCAACGACUAAUGAUUGGGUUGUUUCCAAGAUACUGUUCAAGUGAUUGUUGGGAAAAAGUAAGUUGUAUUUGGAGCGAAAAAGGAAAAUCGUCGUAUAAAGUAUCUCCUUCCCCACCUAAAUGUAAAAGAAAUACCGAUUCCAAUGUUGUAGGGUUUCUUGUCGUUAUGAAGCUAUUUCGCUUAACCAGGUUUUUCCACGUACCCCCUUGACUUUUAGAUCUUAGAAACCUUAUCUUAAUUCAUGUUUCGGUCUGUAUUGGUAUUUUUAUUUCCUCUGAUAUCAACUUCAAUACAUUUGCCUUCUUUCUGAAUUCAUAGUUGUUCGCUGCUUUGUCUGGUGGCCACAAAAUCAACCUUUUUAAAAACGCUUUACAAAAUGCGACUUUGUUGUCCUAAAGAGAGACACACUUUUAGCUUAAAUGAUCCACCCUCACAUCAGUCUUGUUCUUUGAUUCUGUUGGGAUUUCAUCGCCUAAAUGACAGACUAUUUGUGGUUAAAAUUUUUAAUCCUUUUUUUUGCAGAUUAUCAAAUCUAUGUUGGAGGAAAACAACGAAGAGCCUGGUGCCAAGUACAGUUUGGUAGCCAUGGAAACCACCGAAAAACUGCAAAGGAUCUGCUCUAAUAUUGUUGGCUAUUGUAAAACCGUGAUGUCUUUAACGGGUAUUGACAUACUUAUUUUGCUAUUAAUACCUAUCUUCCUUUCUCCCCUAUUUUGACGUUUUCUUUUGUUCUUGUUCAUUUGCAUUAGAUGGGACGUUUGAGCUGGGUAUAACAUCACACACACAGUUACCCCUUUUCGAGGGGCAGGUGAAAGGGUGGCGGGGGGGGGGUGGAAAUGUCCAACUGAUGGCUCGAUUGAGUUUGAUCGACCUUAAGUUGGAUUUCCUACGUCGAGAAAUGUUCGCGUGCUUACGCGUGUAAAAUUUACGCGGGUAAGUAAAAUAGGGCAAUGUAUGGAAGGUGGCGCGUAAGCGUAAAAGUUGAACCUCGCUCAACGUUCACUUUAACGCGGGGCCUUCCAUACAUCGCCGUUUUAUUAACGCAGAAAAUUGUUGCGCGCGUAAGCACGUAAAAAUUACGCGAAAGUGGAAAUAAGUCUGGAUUAGAAAAAGAAGAGUGUGGCAAGGAGAAGCAAGAUGAAUAAACCUCUGCCUUUGUCGAAAGAAAUGAAAAAAAUUUGAAAGCCACAGUAGUACAGUAAGCAUCGAACUAGACAAUUUUGAGGGGGGUGGUGGGCGGAGAUAAUAUAUUAUCGUAGGUGACGUCAUGAAGAGGCAACUCAAUAAGAUCACGUCAGACUCUUCUUAAAAUAUGACCAAUAUGACCGGUUUGACAGGUUUUUUUAGAUCGGUAAUGUCAUCGAUUAGUUGACUAAUAAUAAGAAAUGCUCAUUGGUUCAUUCAUACGGCAAAAAAAUCCCGGAUAUUCUAUGCCCUUUAUACUACUAGCCAUACACAGGUGUUGCAGUGCACUUGUACGGUGCCUCUUGACCGUUUAAUAGAACCUGUACGCACCGAAUAAAACUUAACAGACAUAAAAGCCAAUACUGAAACAUUACUUGAUGGAGCUUGAGUAAAGGUGACCAGCUUCUCCUUAGAAGACGUCCGUUUUUGAACUAAGAAAAGCCAUUUUACGGACGUCCGGCAAGUGACCUGUAAUUAUCGUUGAUAUUGUCUGGUCCCCCUUAGGUUCUGUUGGCUCUCACUGCCAAGCGCUGUUUUCACCAAGUCUUACCGACUCAUUAUCACGCGAUGCUCGUUUCACCAGAGAUGGUAAGCAAAUGAAUUAACAACGUUAGGGGAAUGGGGAGUUUCUUUGUCAUAAUGCGUAUGGUACAAUCACCGAAUAACCUAAUUUUUAAAAAUAAUGAUUUAGUCCUUCAAAUGAAGACAACGAACAAUACACAUGCAGUUUACAGCUAACCAACAGUGGUUUUCGCAGCGUCAAAAAACGCGUCCAAACAAAUGGAGUGCUUUGCUAAAGCAGAUCGCAAAGUCUUCUAAUAAUAAAUAAUAAUAUAAAAAAUUAAUAACGCGCAAGUAUCGAUGUAACAAUAAUCAAAUGCGCGAUGGUUUUCCAAAUAUCAUUUAUUAAUUAAUGCAACGAGGGGAUAGGCUGUCUUGAAACAUAUACUUUUAAUCAGCUUUGUUGAUGGUGACUAAGGAAACAGAAAACACGAUCGAAACUGGUGAAUUACUUCACGAUAUUGAGCAGGAAGCAACGGUAGUGACAUGUGUAGAAGGCCUAAAUGCGGAGACCGCUAAUUAUGCGUUAUCUAGAAUCUAGAAUUGGCACUAGAACACUGCACCUGACUGAUAAAGGUUUUAACUGUGGGUUAUGGGAGUUCUUGUUGUUCCUUCUGCUCCAUUAUUAACUCUCAUCUCUUGUACCCGCUGUAGCUGUUCGUUCCUCCGCCGCUGUGUCGUCUCACCGACCUGUUAGCCUUGGUCUGCCUGUGGCGUUCAUGAAGAAAUGUAGUGAACAGAUCUUUCAGACGGCUGAGUUGUACUCACAGGCGCGCUUGAAGCUACAGAACUUGACAGAACUCACCAGCGAUGAACUGAGAGAGGUACAGAGCGGUUAUGAACGUUAAUAUAGAAUUACUGUCGCUGUAGCACUGAUUUUCCAUAUAAUGUCAAGCGUAUAUUCAAUGGAUGAUGACCGAGAUCCAGUGAACCAAUGAGAAAGCUUGAAGUUGAGAAUUUAGUAACGUUCGUUUUCUCGGUUUUUUGGUGUCUAUAAUUCGUCAAGUGGGGAUUUCACUGAAGUAGGAAAGUUCAAAACACGAAUUUGCCCACGUAUGUCUAUGACUGAACGAGUGCUUUGGUAAAUAAAUUGCUUCACAUUCUUGAAAACGUUCGUUAAUAGUUUUGUUUACCUUCAGUUUAGUCAAUCUCGUUUUAAUGGAUCAGUACAAGAAAGACUCACCACACAACAGAGGCAUCAGCUGGCUCAAAAAUGUCUCACACAGAUCGUGCAGUUCAAGGGACGUGAAAUUUCUUCUCAACUAUGUAUCCUUUGAUAAUACCCCAGGAACACUCAACAGAUCAAAUUGGAAUUUAGAAAUGUGGCUUGGGAUCGGGCGUUCACUUCUUCUAAGAAAAAGGGAAGAAGAGCCGCCUGAUCUUUGGUUAUAAGAAGUGAUGUUUUUUUAGGAGAAGGGAAAAUCGCAGGUCCUUGAGAAAAACCACUCGGAGCAAGGGAAAGAACCAACAACAACUCAUAUACGGCAUCGCCUUCGAGACGCAAACCCAGGCCAAUUUGACGGGUGGAGAGUGCUCUUACCAUUACAAUGUAUAGUGUAGCCUUCCUUUGUCUUAAGACCUUAGAUCUGAGACAGAGCAGUAGUGACAUCACUGAUACAAGCGGUUCGACUGCGGUAUGGGGGACGGAACGUAUUUUUAACCUUAACUCUUUUACAACAGACAUUAUCGAGAACUGUUUAUUCAUUAUAUGGCGUCACUUGGAUUUUUACUUCUUGCAUUGCAUCCCAUCAGAUGAAGAACGGCGCAUGCUUGCUGGUCCGACACUGGGCGGAAAUCGUAUGAGAAGGCUACAAGGUAUUUGUUAAGUUAUCUGCUAACUUAGAAAAGAACAUAGACAGGUAUUAGUCCUUUGCAGCCGUAGUCCGUGCGCAGUUACCCUGUUACCACCGCAGCCACCACAACAACAUACAAAAUUUUGAAUCUCUGUCGGUUCUAAACAUUUGAUCCUUCACCUUCCUUGCCUAUUUAAAUAUUUCGCUACAUUGAAUUUUGCUCUGCACUGCACUGAAUGAUUAUGUCUUUCUGUCCACCGUAAGGCUUUCUAUCGCGUUUUACUAAUAAGUAUAGUGAAGGGGCAUCAGAAACGAGACGCAGCUUUAACUCAUUUCUGCCAUGAGCCUUAGGAAUUUGGCGUUUUGUUAUGUUGUUGAUUCAGUCAAAGUAAUAACUGUUCGUUUGUUUAUGUAACCAGACUGGGCGUCACCCUCCAGGAGUUCUGCGUUUUCAUCUGAUCCUGGUCAGGAAGCUUCUGCUGGAGUUGGGGGUGGUGUAACGCGAGAGGAAAUAGAUGCUGUAAGUCUCGUUUGGGAAUAGAAUAAACAUAGGCCAUUUAACGUGGAUGCACCUGAAUGCUUCGGUCUAAAUGUUUCCAUUUUGCCACUGAUAAUGUAGGCUGGUUUGUUGUUUAAAAUUAUCCAGAAAUUAGGUGUCAGUGCACAUUAAAAUGAUGAAUAGAGCAAAUUUGUGGCGGAAAACUUAGCGUUUUUACAGUCCUCUAUUUUUCUGUAUGAUCGUCGAAGUCGAGCGUUCGCUUUUUACCAUCUCGGUUUCAUACAUUCCGAAGGACAUGCGCCAGGGACUCGUUACUCGAAAGGCACGGAAACUUUUCGGGCCCGAAGGCGGAUUUUAAACUAUCAAAACGUGUCGAGUAGUAGCACAGUUCCUACCUCACAAACCAGUCAAUUUUGCUUCGUUCACUGACCGUUUCGUUGUAUCAUUGUCAAUAUUAUUAAAACUUUGAUCUUGAAGGUGAAUACAGCAAACACAAAACAGCUUUCCGGGGCCGAAAAGCCACCGGGACUUUCGAGAAAGAGGCCCCAGGGUUUAUAACGGUAAGGGUAGGGAUGCGAGCUCCUCUCAAGACUUAACCCGUCCCCUCAAGCACAUUUGUUAAUUUUGAAGCCAAGAUGGCGGUUUGUUACUGUAAGCGCCCGAUCUCGAUAAUUCUUACGGGAAAUAGACUAUAAACAUUCUGCUGCAAAUACGAAAGCUACGCACAAGUGUGUCUCUCACUGGGCGACCUUUCUUGCUGCCAGGAGUGAAGGCAGCGGACUGAACAAUUUGACCGUUCACAAGGAACUUUUCAACAUUUUCGCUCUGUUCACACGCAACUGACGAAUCAGAGCGCUACUGUAGCAAAUCAAAGUGGCAUCUCCCGGCUGUGGUACCACGAAUUCAUGCAGCCGUGCCUUUUUAGUACAGGAAUUUAGACUGUUACGGUGUCCACACUGUGUCGGUCAAAUUUUCCGUACACAAAUUUAGACGGUCAUGGUGUUCACAUUGCGCCAGUCGAAAAUCAGUCGUCCGGUGAUGUGUUUACGUCGUGUAAAAGGUAGCCUGCGAGCAAGCCCUCCGGUGCGGGAGGGGGGGGGGGGGCGGGGGGGGGCGCUCUUCCCGCCUCGCCUCCAGAGCGCCCCGGAGGACUUGUUGGCAGGCUAUCUAAAAGGAGUUCUUUUGUUCCUCUGCUGUCUACGAUUUUUGUUUCAUAGGCAAGGUUAGUGCUCGCGGCUCGCUGCAGUAGUACUAAAAGUAUAUUGCACUUUCCUUGCAGCUUAAAAGAGAAUCCAUAAGUACACUGACAGAGGCGUUUUUCAAAAAGCUCAUUGAAAUUGAACAGGUACUGAAAUAUGGCAAGCAGGUUGUAUUGUCGCUUUGUACUUGCUCUAUUGAAUUCAUGUGUGCGGAUAAGGAUGUGUGCGAGACUUUGGGACCGACUGAAUAUCGUAAACUGCCGUUUCAAGCUCCAACCCCACACAUACCUAUAAUCCCCCCAGUCAAAGGCCGAUUUGGCUGUAAACAAGAAAAGAAGCCCGAUUUUAAGUCCCCUCUAAAUUGUAUCGAUAUGAAUUCGAUUACUUAUGAAGCCUUAAAGAUUAAAAACCAGUGAAUACAAAAUGUAUUCUGAUCAGCACUGAUACAGCUUGCUUCGAACCGUUUUUUCUAUUGUGGUUACAAGUCUCCUCGGAUAUAAACCCCUCUGUUUAUCAGCCCUCUUAAAACCCCUUACGGAGAUGUAUAAGCGCUGAGCUUAAAAGAGGCAGUUUACGGUACGUGUAUAACUUCGGCAUGGUGUAACAGUAUUGUGGUAGGUUUGCUCCACGUGGCUACAGAUUACCAGGUUUUACGACUUGUAGCUUGCGUACCAGGCGCAGAGGGGGCGGGGGGGAGGAAGAAGACUUCUGUGUUUUCGUUGUACGCUAUAUGUAUAUGUCUUGAGUUAUUAAACAUGGCUUCCCCUGGCGCCUAAAAAUAGGUGCCAGGAGAACCUAAAAAUAUACCAUACUAGGUAGAACGCAAUGUAGAUUGAUGCUAAGGGUUUUGCCUUGUUCUGUGAACAUGUAACGUUGCUCUCAUCUGCGUGUUUACGAACCUUUCCUGGUCCCUUGUUUUUUGUAUGUUAACUUUCAUUGUGAGAUGUAACGUUUUUUUUCUUUGAAUUUUAGACGCACGGAAAGGGACGCACCCGAGUCGGUUUUAUCCAAGUUCUUGUUCGGCGCAUUAAACGUCUUUUGACGCUUCACGGAACGCCUGCGCGUUCAGAGCAAAUGGUCAGCGGAUUACGUUGA